AGAGUAAACAGUCACCUCAGCGUUCAAACCAGGGAUUCAAGCCUCCGCGUUGUUUUUCCUUCAGGGAGUGUCAAACCUGCGUCUAGGUCGUUAACGUCUUUAGUUUAACGUUUUAGCUUAGUUAACUAGUUUACCUGUUAGCUUUUAGCUGCGUCUCUUUUUUAGCUUUAGUUUAAGUUAAUAUUAAUAGCUAGAUAGGUCAGUACGUUUGUAUUUUGCUAGAUAGUUAACGUUAGCUAGGCUAGUUUUCUGCUGUUUUCGGAUUGACUGGGCGACAGUAUUUUAGCUGAGCUAGUUAGUUAGCUGACAAGUUCUCGUAAAUAAGUGUGUUUGUUUAAAAACUGAAACAACGGAGAAAUGGGAGAAUCCGGGGUUCAGCAGCGGUCUGGCUAUGAACGCCUGACUGCAGAAGAAAUGGAUGAACAACGCAUCCAAAAUGUGGCUUACCAGUAUCUGUGCCGCCUAGAAGAGGCAAAGAGGUGGAUGGAGACCUGCUUAAAUGAGGAGCUCCCAGCACCGACUGAGCUGGAGGAGGCUCUGAGGAAUGGGGUACUCUUGGCAAAGCUUGGCCACUGCUUUGCUCCAAACGUUGUUCCCCUGAAGAAGAUCUAUGAUCUGGACCAGGAACGUUACAAGGCAACAGGCCUGCAGUUCCGUCACACUGAUAACAUCAACCACUGGAGGAAUGCCAUGGCAGAGGUUGGACUACCAACAAUUUUUCAUCCUGAGACCACUGAUAUAUAUGACAAGAAGAAUAUGCCCCGAACGGUCUACUGUAUCCAUGCUCUCAGCCUUUACCUCUUUCGUUUGGGACUGGCUCCUCAAAUCCAUGACCUGUGCGGCAAAGUCAAAUUUACAGAGGAAGAAAUUAACAACAUGAAGAGGGAACUGGAUAAAUAUGGGAUUCAAAUGCCUGCUUUCGGCAAGAUUGGGGGAAUUCUUGCAAAUGAACUCUCUGUGGAUGAGGCUGCUGUGCAUGCAGCAGUGAUCGCAAUUAACGAGGCAGUGGAGCGAGGCUGUGUGGAGGACACAGCGCAGGCCCUGCGCAACCCCAACGCCAUGCUGGUUAACCUGCAGGAACCACUCAUGGCCAUCUACCAGGAGAUGCUACGUCAGGCUCGUGCUCACAAAGCGGCUCAGGCAUCGGUUAAAGUGAAUGGCUCCAUGGAGAAAGAUAUCUAUGAGGAGUAUCUGACACAGAGUGAAAUUCAGGACUGCAUCACUAAAGUUAAUGUGAGGGCAGCUGUGGAGUGUGUGGAUGAGGCUAUAGAAUGUGGCGAUUCCCUUGCUUUGCUCUCGGCCCUGCAGAGCCCAAGCCUGGCCCUCAGGGGGCUUCUCAGAGACCACGCAGACUGGUACCUGGAACAGCUUGCGUCAGACAGAGAACAGAAAGCCCUGGAUCUGGGCUGUGUGGACCCUCUGGACAGAGAUGAGCUGCAGGAAGGAGUCAGUGUUGCCAAUGAGGAUGCUCAACGCUCCCAAACUAUGCUGCAGGCUGUGUCCAAAAUCAAUGAGGCUCUCCGUUGUGGGGAGGCACGUCAGACAGUUCGUGCCCUGAUGAAUCCAGAUGCCCACCUCCCAGACGUCUACCCCUUUGCAGCUGAGCUCUACCAGAAAGAGCUCGCACCACUGCAGCAACAAUGCCCUCAGGGUGAGCUACAACAGGAGGAGCUGUUUGUGGCUGUAGAAAUGCUUUCUGCUGUGGCUCUGGUAAACCAGGCACUGGAGGCUAAGGACACAGGAGCGUUUUGUGCUACGCUGGUCAGCCCUUCUGCCGGCCUUUCUGACCUCGAUGAUGGUUUAAUGCAAAGGUACUUUGAGGAGCUGGUUGAGUUGAAGAGGAAGGAGGGCCGAGCUCUCCUGACCUGGAAUGAGCUGCAGAGCGGACUGAACAGUGUGAAUGUAGCAGCUCAGGAGGAGCAUGACCAGAUCCUGACCAUAGAAUUGAUCAACCAGGCACUCUGUAGGAAUGAGCCUCAGAAAACACUGGCUGCGCUGCUGCUGCCCUCUAGCGGAUUAAAGGACGUACUGCCGCAAAACUGCAAACGCUACCAUGAUGUGCUGACCCGUAUCAAGAAGCGCAAAGCAGAGCUCAGUCGGGACCCUGCAGCAGAGCUGUGGUUGGCAGACAUUCAGGAGGGAGUGAGACUGGCCAACCAGGAUACUCAAAGAGCACUGAAGAUGUCUCUGGGUCUGGCCGCUGUCAAUCAGGCAGUGAAGGAAGGAAAGGCAUCUCAGACUCUGCGAGUUCUGCGUCUCCCUGAAGUGGCGCUGCGGAGUGUGGUGUCCGAGUGUGCAGAGGGGUAUCAGACUGAGUUGGGUGCCCUACUCCGUGCAAAAGCCUUGGAAGGUGAUAACAGAAGUCCAUGGUUGAAGACUAAGACUCCAGAUGGCAGCUCGUACUACUUCCACCUGCAGAAGCUGGAGGGCACCUGGGACAGACCUCAGGGCUUUGUUCAGAACAGCAUCUUCCUCAAUUAUGAAGAGGUCCAGGCUGUGUGUAGUGGUGUAACUGUGGCCCACAGUAGAGAGGUGCAGUGGAAGGCCUGUGAGCCACUGGUGCUGCAGCUGCAGGCCCGAGCAAGAGGAUUCCUCCUUAGACAGAAACUUUCAGAACGCCUGCAUUUCCUCAACACGCAUCUGCCUGCCAUCGUUACCAUUCAGUCUCACUGGCGGAGGGUUCUGCAGCAGAGGGCCUAUAGAGAGAGGCUGCAGUAUCUUUACCAGAACUGGAGAGCAGUGGUCAAGAUUCAGGCUACAGUUAAGAUGUGGCAGGCUCGAAGGGCUUACCUGGCUCGCCUGCGCUACUUCAGAAGACAUGUUGGGGCCAUUAUAAAGAUUCAGGCUUUCUUCAGGGCCAGUAAAGCUCGUGAAGAGUACAGGAUGCUGGUACACUCCAGCACACCACCCCUGUCUGUGGUGCGCAAGUUUGCCCACCUGUUAGAGUUGGGGGAUAACGAUAUCCGUCAGGAGGGGGAGCUGCUGCGUCUACGAGAAGAGGUGGUACGCACCAUCCGCUCUAAUAGGCAGCUGGAGUCAGACCUGGACCUUAUGGACCUGAAGAUCGGUUUGCUGGUCCGCAACCGUGUCACGCUGCAGGAGGUGGUGUCCCAUCAUAAAAAACUAACCAAGAAGAAUAAAGAAGAGCUGUCUGACAUGAUGGCACUAGAGAAGAAUAAAGGCCUGAAGUCUUUAAGUAAAGACAAACGAGAGAAACUGGAGACAUACCAGCACCUUUUCUACCUGCUGCAGACCCAGCCUUCAUACCUGGCCCAGCUCAUCUUCCUGAUGCCACAGAAUAAGAGCACAAGCUUCAUGGAGACUGUGAUCUUCACUCUCUUUAAUUACGGCUCUGAUUGUAGAGAGGCCUACCUACUCCUGCAGCUCUUUACUGCUGCUCUGCGCCACGAGAUCAAACUGAAGGUAGACCAACCUCAGGAGGUUGUGACUGGGAACCCUACAGUCAUAAAGAUGUUGAUCAGCUUCUAUCGUCACGCCCGUGGCCAGAACGCCCUGAAGGAGAUCCUGGGGCCGGCAGUGCGUGAGGUUCUGCAGGACCGCACACUCAGUAUUCGCACGGACCCUGUUGAAAUUUACAAGAGCUGGAUUAACCAGACUGAGAGCAAGACUGGCCACAAGAGCUCCCUGCCGUAUGAGGUGAGUGCAGAGGAAGCUCUGAGCCACCCAGAAGUACAGCAGCGCUUGAACAUCGCCAUCACUAACCUGAAGAGUCUGACUGACCGCGUACUCAACGCCAUCACCAGCAACAUCCACAAACUGCCGUAUGGGUUACGGUACACUGCUAAAGUUCUGAGGGACUCCCUGCAUGAGAAGUUUCCUCAAGCCAAUAAGGAUGAGAUGUACAAGAUUGUAGGGAACCUGGUGUACUACCGCUACAUGAACCCAGCAGUGGUGGCUCCGGAUGGGUUUGAUGUGGUGGAGUUUGGAGCGGGUUCUGCUCUGCUGCCAGAACAGAGGAGAAUCCUUGGCUCCAUUGCCCGAAUUCUGCAGCACAGUGCAGCACACAAACACUUCCAUGGUGAUUCCGCACACCUGCGUGCUCUCAAUGACUACAUCACACAUACCCACGGCAAGUUCAGGAAGUUUCUGCAAGCUGUGUGUGAUGUUCCUGAGCCUGAGGAACGCUUUAACAUUGAUGAGUACUCUGAGAUGGUCAUCCUCAACAAACCGGUCAUCUAUAUUUCUAUUGGCGAGCUCAUCAACACUCACAAGCUGCUGCUGGAGCACCAGGACGCACUGUGUCCUGAACAGAAUGACCCUCUCCUCUUGCUGCUGAGGGACCUGGGCAAGGUGCCCUCUGUCCAAGCUCUUGUCGGAGAGGGAGUGAUCAACUCUGGAGAUCCAAACCUGGAGCAGACUUUGGCUCAGUACAACAAGAUGGAAGUGUCUCUGACACUCACCAGCAAGUUUGAUGUCUUCAGAAGCUCUGACGACAAACCUGAUGCCCGAGGCAUCCUGCUCAGCACCAAGCAGCUGAUAAUCGAUGUGAUCAGAGCUCAGCCUGGAGACACACUGAGUGAAGUUCUGAGAUCCUCUGUUUCUCAGGAUCAGGAGGUGCAGCAUGGCUGGAUGAUGCACCGCAGGGCACAGCGGGACGCCCGUACCCCAGAAAAAAUGAAGAGGAACCAGUCUCUGAUCGCUGACAGUAACUUAUCGCUGGAGGAGAAAAAGCGUAAGAUUCAGCGCAGCCUGAGGAGGCUGGAGGCUCUGGGAGUGCUCACCCCUCCAGACUCUGAGACUCAGAUUCUGCAGCUCAUUGCCAAGGAUAUCCGUCACCAGCGUCUUUACCGGCAGAGACGUCAGGCUGAGCUAGUGAAGCUCAAACAUGCGCUGCACAGCCUGCACUGCAAGAGCUCCUUCCAAUCUGAGCAGGUUGACUACUACAGCCAAUACAUCGCAACCUGUCUGCGCAACCUUACUGCCAGUCAAGUAAAUGGGAAAAAGGCAGCAGACAGUAAAGGGAAGAAGAGCAAACAGCCUGCGCUCUCCUACACCGCCGCUCGCCUCUACGAGAAGGGAGUCCUACUGGAGAUUGAGGACCUACCCAAUACACAGUUUAAGAAUGUGAUCUUUGACAUCAUACCCAGUGAGGAGGGAGGCACCUUUCUGGUUAAGGCACGAUUUUUGGGAGUGGACAUGGAGCGUUUCCCCCUGAAAUAUCAGGAUUUGCUGCAGCUCCAGUAUGAAGGUGUUGCUGUGAUGAAGAUGUUUGAUAAAGCCAAAGUGAACGUCAAUCUCCUCAUCUUUCUCCUCAACAAGAAAUUUUUCAAAAAGUGAACAGUCGGGGCAUCUAACUCUAAACACACACUUACAUAUUUGUUGGGUAUUGCACUUUUCUAAAAGAAAAAAUAAGGGAAAUUAUUUUUUGAGUACAAACCUUAACCGGUUUAUUUAUAUUAUAUGCAAUGGAAUCACAUGAUUUAAGUUCUUAUAAGCAGAUGUCAGUGGGCUUGUAUAAUCGUAUCAUUGUAUCAUUUAAAAAUACAUACUCUUACAGUCUUACACUACUUUUCAGCUGCCUUGUUGGAUUGAGUUUAUCUUGGGCAUUGAUCCAACAAUUUUAUUAUAUUACUGAUAAAUAAGAUCUAACAGCAGCUUGCCAGUUAUAUAUAUAUAUAUAUAU